CGAGGCCGGAGGAGGGAACUAGGUGGCCGCACGGUAGUUGCGGAGAUUCGGUUCCUCCGCCCAGAAAACUGGAAUGAUAAUUAAGGACUAAAAUUACUAAAAUCAAUAGUGAAGAUGGAUAGUUUGUUCUCUGAUUAGUUGGAUCCCAGAGUUAUGGGUAUGAGGAUAUUCGAGCGGAUACUCGUAUAUAUGCUUAUAACGUGCGUGUUUCCUAUGGUACAGGGAAAUGGGGAGCAAUCACAGAAUGUCUACUUCCUUCCCGAAUUUGCACUUUCUCCACAAGGCAGCUUCUUAGAAGAUACAGCAGGAGAACAGGUCCUGACUUACCGCUACGAUGAUCAGACGUCAAGGAUUACCCGCUCAGAUGAGGAUAAGGAUUCUGGCUGGGAUGCUUGGGGAUCCUGGAGUGACUGUUCCAGAACCUGUGGUGGAGGAGCCUCCUAUUCUUUAAGACGAUGCUUAAAUGGCAGGCGCUGCGAAGGGCGAAACAUUAGGUACAAAACAUGCAGCAAUGUGGAUUGUCCCCCUGAUGCUGGUGACUUCAGGCACCAGCAGUGCUCUGCGCACAAUGAUGUGAAGUACCAAGGGCAGUACUAUGAAUGGAUUCCUGUCUACAACGAUCCAGAAGCUCAGUGUGCACUCAAAUGUCAAGCCCGAGGAACAAACUUGGUCGUGGAGCUAUCACCCAAAGUGCUCGAUGGGACCCGAUGUAACACUGAGUCUCUGAAUAUGUGCAUCAGUGGAAUUUGUCAGGUGGUGGGCUGUGAUCGGCAACUUGGGAGUAAAGCCAAGGAAGACAACUGUGGAGUUUGUGCAGGCACUGGCUCAACAUGCAGGCUUGUUCGAGGACAGUCCAAAUCACACGCCUCUCCUGAAAAAUUGGAAGACACAGUGAUUGCAGUUCCAUAUGGGAGUCGCCAUGUGAAAAUCACCGUGAAAGGACCAGCCCACCUCCAUAUAGAAUCGAAAACUCUCCAGGGACAUAAAGGAGAGCACAACCUAAGUGCUUCUGGUGUAUCUGUCAUUGAGAACACCACUGUUGAGUUCCAAAAAGGUUCGGAUAAGGAGGUUCUCAAGAUGAAAGGUCCACUUGGUGCAGAUUUUAUUAUUAAGACUCGGUAUGUUUCUUCGAGGGACAGUGUCGUCCAAUUCAUGUUCUAUCAGCCCAUCAGCCAUCAAUGGAGAGAGACCGAUUUUUAUCCAUGCACUGUCACUUGUGGAGGAGGUUACCAGCUUAGUUCUGCCGAGUGUGUGGAUAUACGCUCUGGCCGUGUUGUUCCUGAGCACUCCUGCAAUUACUAUCCAGAAAACAAAAAACCCAAGCCCAAGUUACAAGAGUGCAAUAUGGAUGACUGUCCUUCUAGUGAUGGCUUCAAGCAACUUGCAAUUUACGAUCAUUUUCAACCACUUCCACGUUGGGAGAGCAGCCCUUGGACAGCGUGUUCGGUUUUCUGUGGAGGUGGAAUACAAACACGAAGUGUCCCUUGCAUUGAAGAGAACAUGUAUGGUGAAAUUAUCCCUGUGGAAGAAUGGAAGUGCAUGUACGCAUUUAAACCUCCAGUCAUUCAAAGCUGCAACCUUUUUGACUGCCCAAAGUGGAUUGCCAUGGAAUGGUCACCAUGCACAGUAACCUGUGGCCGAGGCCUGCGUUAUCGAGUUGUAUUGUGCAUAGACUACAGAGGACAGCAUACAGGAGGUUGUAAUCCUCAGCUCAAGCCCCAUAUAAAGGAGGAGUGCACAGUGCCAAUUCCAUGUUAUAGAACAAAAGAAAAACUUCCUGUGGAAGCUAAAGUCCCUUGGAUUAAACAAGCACAGGAAAUGCUGGAAGUGAUCGCUGUAUCUGAAGAGCCAAAGUUCAUUCCUGAACCCUGGUCACAGUGUAGCACAUCAUGUGGAGCUGGCAAGCAAGUGCGAAAAGUGACAUGCCGUGUUCUGCUUUCAUUUUCCCAAACAGAGGAGGAGCUGCCGGAUGAGGAAUGUGAGGAGGAUAAACUACCCACCGAGCAAAAGUGCUACCUAGCACCGUGUGACGGUGUUACUGCUGCACUUGACUCUGAGGUGGCCUACAAUAGUCAUGACAACGAUAAGAUAGACGAACAGUUUGACUGGGAAUAUGAAGGUUUCACCCCAUGCUCAGCUUCAUGUUUGAGAGGGGAGCAGGAAACUAUAGUUGUAUGUCGUAAUAAACAAACACAAGAAAGUGUGGAUGAGAGUCUGUGUGACAACUUCAAGCGACCUCCUCAUAUGGUUCGUGUCUGUGGUACAGAACCCUGUCCAGCCAGAUGGGGCACAACAUCGUGGAGCCAAUGCAGUGCUACUUGUGGAGUUGGGAUACAAACGAGGGAGGUCUUCUGCCGUCGCGUGGUGUCACACCUCACCGAGGAGUCCAUCAGAGUUGCUGUCGAGGAGUGUUCAGGUCCAAAGCCCGCCGAAGUCCAGGCCUGCAAUCAGUUUGAUUGUCCUCCAUCGUGGCAUAAAGGAGAAUGGCAACCGUGUUCUCAUAUAUGUGGAGGCGGUUUACAGUCUCGCAAAGUCCAAUGCAAGCAGCUUUUGACUGACGGAAGUUCUGUAACCCUUCCUGAUGAUCUUUGCCUUGAUCAGAAGCCUCAUUCGCAACAAACGUGUGGUAACGUUGACUGUCCACCACGUCUGGUAUUGGGGAAAUGGUCCAAGUGUUCUGUAAGAUGCGGUGAAGGAUCCCAGCGCAGAGAUUGGGUUUGUCGGAAACUCACUGCAGUAAGACAGCAGGUCACAGUGCCCCGUGCCUUAUGCAGUGAACCCUCCAGACCUCCAGUAGUUCAGACCUGCACUAUGCCUGCCUGUAUUAAGGCUAAAAAGGACAAAAAAACAAAUGUUUCUCAAAAGCAAGUUAUUCGUGACCCGCAAAUUCUGGCCAUCCACAGAGUGUACAUUCAAACCAGACAAGACAAGCGCAUUCACUUUAACAUCGGUGGUCGGGCCUACCUCCUUCCAAAAACCUCAAUUGUGAUUAGAUGUCCAGUGAGAAGAUUCCAGAAAUCACUAAUCAAAUGGGAAAAAGAUGGCCUCCAUCUGCAAAAUACGAAACAAAUUGGAAUUACUAAAUCAGGAUCACUGAAAAUUCACAGUCUUGAAGCAAAAGAUAUUGGCAUUUAUAGUUGCAUUGCAGGUCCUACUCGAGAAUCCUUUGUCCUCAAGCUGAUUGGUAAUGACAACAGAUUAAUUGAACCACCCACUUUCAACAAUGCUAAGACAAGACAAAGUAUUGGGCUAGAGAAGAUGAGCAACAACAAAUCCAACAGACUGGAAGAUAAAUGGUCUCAAUUAACUAAGAUGUGGCAAAGUUGGAGCAAAAAGAAUGAAUUAUAUGUGGAUGACAGCCAAUCAAAUGAUCAAGUUUUCCUGCGCCUUCUUGGCAAUCACUUGUUUUCAAAAAGAAAAGCUAGUUUUGCAGAAUUGUUUGACUCUCAGGCACUUUCUGACAAACAUCAUGAAAGCUCUAUAUCCCAAGGAGCUUAUAGUAUGGAUACCAAACAGUUUGAAGAGAUCCUCCGAAAUAUAAGUUUGAGGAUUGAGUCUGGUGAAAUACCUGAAGAGUUUGCAUCACAGCUGAUACAUCAAUUAGCAGCUGAAGUAUCUAGACCACAACCAACUGUGGAAAAGUGGAAAGUCUCUCCUGAUGAUAAUGCAUCAAACUCCAAAUUAUUAGAUAAGGCUCCUAAUACAUCUGAUGCUUCAGUCAAUAAGGAUAUACAUCAACAAAGGAAGAAACACAAGCCUCCUGUUAUUCUGAGAAAAAAGCAAGCUCCUGUUCUGCCUCAGAAAAAUGUUCAUGUUACAGUUGGAACACUGGCAUACCUGGCAAAUAACACAUCGAGUCUAACACUCGUCUGUGAAUCCAUCGGAAACCCUAAGCCAAAGGUUUCCUGGACAAAGGAUGGUGUGGCAGUGACAUUUAAUAAAAGGGUACGAUUGCUGGAUUCUGCAAGACUUCAAGUCCAGAAUGUCACAAGGCAAGAUGCUGGUCUUUAUGGAUGUACAGUUACCAAUGAACUAGGAACAGAUACUGAGGCCUCAUCAUUGUUGUAUUCAGAAACCCCUGCCAUCAAAUUUUCCAGGGAAAGUAUCAUAGACCUGACAACGUGGCACAUAACAGCUGUUGUUGGAAGUGAUUUAUUGGCCAGACUUGGGGCAACAGUAAUCAUUGAUUGCCCAGUUGAAGGUGUCCCUGAACCAAAGAUUAUUUGGCAAAAAAAAGAUGUUCUGUUAGGAAAUAAUUCUGUUCAACUUCAAAAUGGAUCUCUGGCACUGGUAAAUACAACACUUGCAAAUCAAGGAAUGUACACUUGUACGGCCAUAAAUGAAGUUGGACAAGCAACUAUGUCAACAGUCAUUAAUCUAACUGAACCAGGAGCUGCUCCACAGACUGUGGGAUUCCAUCAAAGCAAAGGAAGAAAACACGUCUUAAUGGCAUCAAAGCUUGGCACUCCAGUUACAGUUAAACAAGGGAAUGUGUUACGUAUGGGCUGUCCGACGGUUGCCAAGGACAAAAUGACCAUUCGCUGGUAUUUCAAGAAUCAAUCCAUCCACACUGUCCCAGAACUUGAAUACAAAAUACUCGCCAGGGGACGAGUCCUUGAAGUAAAAAUGGCAUUUGAGAGGCUAGAGGGACAAUACACAUGUCAGGCUUCAAACAACUUUCGAUCGAUCUCCGCUUAUGUGAAUGUGAGCUUUGUAGGUUUUAUGUGGGUACCUGGUGACUGGGCUGCCUGCUCAGCAACUUGUGGCAAUGCUGGAACCCAUAAUAGAAAACUGCUCUGCCUGAAUACAAAUGGAAUUGAGCUGAAUAAGUCAGCAUGCUAUAAGCUUCCUGAGCCACCAUUGGUAAUUGAAUCAUGCAACGUACAGGAUUGUCCAGCCAGGUGGGUCACAACUGUGGCAUCGGAGUGUUCGGUCUCAUGUGGCAGAGGAGUUCGGCAGCUCAGAGUGAGAUGUGAGCAGGUGACAGCCAAUGGAACUUCGAAAAUUUUACCUUCAGCACUUUGUGCAGAAGAACAACCUCCAAAUAAAGAGGCGUGUAUAUUACAGCCGUGUGCAAUGUGGGAGAGUGCACCUUGGGGAGAGUGCUCGGGCCGUUGUGUGGGUCUCAGUGUUGCUGUCCAGCACCGCCAAGUUGGAUGCCAUUAUACAAAUGGAACAUCAGCUGCAAAGUCCACUUGUGAGAAAACAGAGAGGCCUGCUUCCGCAAGACAGUGUAAAUCAGAUCGAUGUAAUGUGCGCUGGAGGGCGGGGCCAUGGAGACAGUGUGCAGCGUCAUGUGGAAGUGGUUUCCAGUCUCGCCGAGUAGCUUGUAUCCACAACAGAAACAACAAAGCAGUGGCAGAUCAGUACUGUGGGUGGCAGAGGCGGCCAAUCACGUGGCAACAUUGCAAUCUAACUUCUUGUGACACUUCUGACGGAGACUGCAUGGACACAAUGCGUUACUGUGCACUUGUGAAACGUCUCAUGCUGUGUCACCUGAACACCUACAAACAGAGAUGCUGCGAUUCCUGCAGGUUGCUUUAAUUGACAUACGCCACUGUUUGCCAGGUCAUAAGACUGUGAAUCGAUCCAUAGAGAACUCCAUGUAAAGGAACUGAAUGCAGUACGUCGAACGCAAGCUGACCAGAAGGAUAUUUUAAUUGUGUUGUAAAUCUGCUUGUACAGAAAUGCACAAAGGUUUCUUUGCUGUUCAUUAUCUUAGUCAAAUCUGUAGCAGCUGAUUCUUAGAGAAAGAGUUGCUCAUCUGUUCUGUUGUACAAUCUAAUAUGGACUUGUUAUGCCAAUGUAUUCUCCGUCAUGAAAGAUGUGUGCUUAGGUUGUAUCGUAGAAGCUGCUAUGCGAAUAAUUGUCUGCCACCGGUGGAGAGAACUGUUUUUAAACAUCUGGGUGGACUUAUUUCACAGCUUUACAGUGAAGGCAGGUUAAAAUUACAACCUAGGUGAGUUAUGCUUACAAUCUAGAUGAUGAAAAGGCAGAGCAGACUCAAUGGGCCGAAUAGCCUAAUCCUGCUCCAUUCUCUUCUGGUCUAUGGUCUUAUGAUUAUUGGCAAAAUUUUUUGUUAAUUUAAAUCACAGCUUUUCACAUCUGAUUGUUAUUAUUUGGAUCUGUGGACAAAAAUGGGCGUGAAAGUAACAUAUUUAGUAGUUCACACUUUUAACUUGUAGAUGGAUCUAGUGACAGCAUUUUUACACUAAAGAAUCUCUAUUUCCAAUGUGAAUCCCAUAUCUGAAGGAAAUGGCCAACUCAGCCUAUGCUGUUUCAAAUAUUAGCAGAGUUAAAGCAUUGAAUUUACUCUGUUAUUCUUGAUUACAAGGAGGUAAAAGGUCAGCUGCAGUUACACAGUGAAUGGGGAUAAUACUUAAAGUACCUUCUCACUGAUCACCCUUUACUUUGACUGCUGCAUUGCAUUUUUGAUACAAGUCAGUUAUAUUAGGAAGUUGACUCCACUUGGGAUGCCAAGCAUCAAACAGCAUUCCUUUUGGAUUCAAUAGGAUCAAAUUAAUGAAGAGAAGGAAAUCACCAUUGUUCAAAAAAAUUUACUUUUAAUAAUUGUAGCAUGUAAUUAGUGACAAGGACAUUCUAAAUUACAUUGGCUAUAGAAGGAAAUAUUCAAACAAAUCCCUGCCUCUGGAAAGUCUCAAUCAAUUUCAGAUUUACUGCUAAUAAUUGACCUUUCAUUUUUAAACUAAAAUUGCUGCUGAGAGUUGGUGUCUCACCUUUACAUUGGCAUGUAAUGCAUUUAAUUCACCUCUCUAAGUAGGUUAGAAUCCAAUUCUGGGAGAGUGCUGUCAGCUCAGUUCUAAAACCAGAGGCAGAAAGUAGCCCUUGAUGUAGUUAAUAUCUGUGCAUCUCACAACUUCAGUACAAUUCUUGCAAUAAUUCCAUAUGGAUAAAAAGAUUUAAUCAUGUUCACCAUGACCUAACCAUAUUAAUUCUGCAUAGGGCCAGUGUAUUCCUAACAGGAUACAGAUUCGACCAUAGGUCCAAGGCUGUAAUAUCCUCCAACUGUUUCAGGUUGGUAAAGCCCCUUAUCCAGCCAUUAGACUAGGGAUCAGUUUUAGCAUAAUGGGCCCCAAUCCCUUGAUGACCAAAUCGGCUCCACUGAUCAAAUCCCUCUAACUUUUCCUGUCUACACUCACCGCAACCAUAACAGCUUCCUCUCUGAUGACAUCAUCUACAAAACAAGUAACGAUGAGACAAGCUAAUCUCUCACAGCAAUAAUAUCAUCCAACAUGAUCCCAGAGAUCUGGAAGCGCAGAACAAUCAUCCUCUGCCUUUAUUUUAACUAAACUGUAGACAGGGGAAUUUAAGUUUCCUGUUUAGGGAUUGACUGUCACCCCUCUCUAUCUCUAGAAUAUAAAAAAACAGCAUUGCUCUUGGGAUGGUGUAGAUAAUGAAAUCUCUACUCAUCCCAUCAAGCAGGAUGUUCUGAGAGGGCUUGUUCAAGAUUAGUGUAGGGUAAAAUCGAGGGAUGGUGUUGGUCUAAAAUAGUUCUACCUUAUAGAUGAGAAUAAACCCUGCCCGCAGAAUAUUUUUACCCCAUCUCUCAAAACACAAAAGAGAGAUGAUCAUUAGAAACACCACAAUUUUUCCAUUAUUUGAUGAAGUUGAAAACAAUAGUUUUGUUCUUAUAGAUCAUAUAAAAAUAGGCAUUCAUACUGAGAUUAACCUCAAGGCCAGUCUUUAUAUAAAAACUCUCUAGCACCUUGAGGAUUUUAAAAUGUCCUAGCAGGAAUCACUCACAAGGACUAGUGAAAAUCGGAGGAACACAACAGAUCAGGCAGCAUCAAUGGAAGGGAAUGAACAGUCAACAUUUCGGGCCGACACCCUUUUUCAGGACCUUUAAUAAAUCAGUGAUUACCACAGCUGGGUCUUUAUGAUUCUUCUAAGUCCCCUUUCAUUAAAGUGUUCAACUUAGCAAUACUUUCAUUACAUCGGUGAAUGGCUGUGAGAAAUACCUUCUGACAAUGAUUUAAAAUGAGUGAACCCAUCAGCUUCUCAGCCAGAAUUUUUGUAAUUAACUUUAGUAAUAUUGAUCCAAUAAUAUGCAAAUUACUGUUUUAAAAUUUUAUUUUUUUCCACGCCAUUAGAUCAUAAGGGUAUGUAUUUUACAACCCUUAACCCAAGAUGAAAGCAUACAGGCCAAUAAAUUGGAGUCCAUCUUGCAGAUCUUGUCCCAGCAAGAUGAUCUAGUUCUGCUACUGUAUUGUUUUAUAAACCACCUAUCACAUUUGAAACCUUGGUUGCUGUAAAAUUUUGUAAUAAAUAAGAACCAUUGGCAGAGUCUACUUAUGUCUCCCUUAUUAUUAAUAACAGCAAGCCAGAAUUUGAAAUAGACUCUUGAUCAAUACCAAUGGGACAGCCUCUUCUGUAAGGCUGCCCAUUAGUUCUUUUGCAAAUCCUUUCUAUUGUUUUUAUACCUCUUCUGUACCUUUGGAGAUAAACCAAACUUCUUUGUUUUAAAAGCCUCCUUCCUGCUUCCUUUAAAAUCUUUAUCUCUAUUAGAUGUCAAGAGGCUUGUAACUCUCCCAAAAAUGCUAAAAUUCUUCCCCUUGGCACCAGGAUCUCUCUGAUUAAAAAGAAAUAUUCACCUCACCCAAAAGCUGGGCAACAGAUAUCCUUCCCUCACUAAUAAUGUCUUCACAACAUUUAAUGUAGAAAUAUUAGAAUCGUUACCAAUACUGCUUCUGAGACCUUGAGCAUCCUCAUGAAUAUUGCCAUCAUUAACUCUUAAUGUAUGUAAUGUUAUCAUCAGCAGCAAAAACAAUCACUGAACCUUCCCUAUUAUUAAUAUUCUGGUUCUCUUUUAAUUUACAAAACUUUAGCCUCUUAUCUAAAACCUGCUGAUCAGUCUGUGAACCAAUCAAAACAUUAAUGUUUUUCUUGCCAGCAAACCUGCGUACCAAGACCAAGAGCAGAUUAAGUUCUGGCUUGGACUGAACGGAUGCAUUCCUACCUUUCUAAACAGUCUUCUACUCAACUGAAAUAACUAUUGAAUGAGACAAGAAAGCUUGGCUAUUUUGAGUUUUAUCAUAGAUUAUCUGCUGCAAAAUACCUAAUACUAGCGUAAUAUUAAAAACCACUCUAGGGAAUUAAACAAUACAAUUUUUUUUUAAAUCACCGGAUAGAUUGCCAGCCACAGCCUAUAAACCAGGGUUCAGACUGUUAAUUUUUUUUUAUCAAGAUACCAUCAUUUGAAGAGUUAAGUGAAAAAUAAAUAUCCAUUUUUAAAUGUAUAGAAGCUAAAAACCAAGUGUAUAAAACACCAAAACCUUCACACCAGAUAACUGCACAUUGAAGAAAACUGAGUUCCAAUAAUAGAUACCCAAAAGCACAAUAGAACAAGAAUCUAACCAUCCAUAAAUAAAUCUGAAUAUAUUAAUCGUCCCACUAAGAACCGCCAGAGUAGUUUGCGAUAUGUCAAGUUUUGUACCUCUCGAUGCCAAGAAAGUCCAUCGCUUUCGAAAUCUCAGGAAACCAAGAGCCUGAAGCAGGGAUUAUAGCAUCAUAAAAUUGGAUCUCAACAAUAUUCAAAUUGCCUUUUAAAAUCGAAUCCAGAUGCGUAUACUUGUUGAAUUUUUCAGCGAAGGUGGCGCCCAAGUUCUUUUCAAAUCUAAUCAAUACAUCAAUGACAACUGUUCUUCUAUUUUUGCUGAAAAGACAACAUCCGGAAUCUAAUCAUGGCCUAGUCCUAAAAAUCUGUUCUUUAAAAACCAGUCAAAGCAGCUGUGGCACCUCUGGAACAUGACAUAUCUAAAACCUUGUUAUUCCAGUGAACCUGCGGUUGCUUCGCUGCAAGGCACAGGCUGGACGAGUGGCUAAGUGUUUCCCUGGCCAGCACUGAUCUCCUACAUGCCCUAACCAUACUAGUUGUGGCCAGGCCCAGUGUGUUCCUAACAGGAUGCAGGCUCAACCAGAGGAGAUAAGCUUCAAUGUCCUCCCACUGUUUCGGGGUUGUAAAACCCCUUAUCUGGCCAUUAGAUUGGAGAUCAUUUGUCUAAGAAUAGGCCCCAAUUCUUUGAUGACCAAGCUCACUCUGUCAGUCAAAACUCUAUUUUGCUCCAGCUUUUUCCUUUUUACACCUUUGCUCACCACAACCAUAUCAGCCUCCUCUCCAAUUAUAUCAUCUACAAAACAAGUGGCAUUGAGACAAGUUCAUCUCUCAGAUCAGUGAUGUCAUCCUGGCAGCUGGAAAGUCAGUCCAAUCACCCUCUUACUUGAGUUCUUAAACUCCUUAUUUCCAAACUCUAGAGAGGGGAAUCUGAGUUUCCAGUUUGUGGAAUGACAGUCUCCCAUCGCUACUUCCAGAAUAUAAAAAAAGAAGUCAUUCAUGCCCUUGAGGUGCUGUAGAUAUUCUUUAAUGAAACCUCUAUUCGUCCCAUCAAGUUUGACCAGGGUAUUCUGAGAACUGAUAGCCCUCGUUCAAAAUUAAUGAAGAGUGAAAUGGAGGGAUAGUGUAGGACUAAAAUAGUUCAGCCUAAUUAGUGGGCUUAAGCAUGCCCACGGGAUAUAUCUUUACCCCAUCUCUCAAGUCCGCUAGACCAAUCAUCAUUAGAAUACCUAUCCAAAAGUCAAUUCUGGACCAAUGUACUACUUUUCCUGCUCUCCAAGGUCAAUAAAACUAAUUUUUCACAUACCAGAUAUUGAUGGAGUUAAAAUUCGAAGUUUUGUUUUAAUACUUCAUUUAAAAUCCAGCAGUCUUACUGAGAUUAACCUCAAAUCUGGUGUUUUUGUAAAAACUCUGUAGAACUAUGCCCUUGUGAUAAUCUCUCAUUGGCCAUUUCAUCAGCAAAAACCAGGGUAUAUCUCUGCACUGAGGUGGACUCUCAACCCAUCCCUAAUGACUAUAAAAGGAUGUUAAUAAAUAAUAGAGUGGAAAGCAGGUCUUCCUGCUUUAGCCCUCAAUGUAGGAAUGUGUCCAUCUUGGCUUUUACAUUCUCAGUAUGAUCUCAGGAGUCUGUAUACAUGUUUGUAAUGAGGUCGACAAAGUUGGCAUCAGUGCCCCUCUUGCCCAAGGCUUUAACAAUAAGUUUGUGGCUGAUUUAUCAACACUUUUGAUAAAUCAACAAAUACCACAACCAGAACUUUGUGAUUCUUUUUAUCCCCCUUCAUUAAAUUAUUCAGCAUAGCAAUUUCACUGAUACCAAACUCCAAAUAAUAGUUUUAAAAAAUCAAAUGUUAACAUUUUUUGAAAAGGUAAUAGACACCGUAGAGUGAAUUGAUUCAGUACAGCCAGUUCCUUUAGUGAUAUCAUUCAGACAUUACCUGGAAAGAAAUCAUUGCUUUUCCUGUUGACUCUGUAAUUUUAAGCAUUGGACUUGCAUUUAGAAUUGCUCUAAUGAAACUUUCUUUCCUUCAAAGUAAUAGUAAAACUAUUUUCUCGUAAUAACUUGAGUAAUGAACUCACAAAAAGCUCAGAUUUCACUUAUUUAUAAUGUGUUAGCAUAGCCGAUAGUGUUUACAUUUUGUAUGCUACAGUUUCAGCUAAUUUCAUUCUCAAAAGGUUCCUCGUUUUCCUAAGGCCAAGGGAGCAAUUUAUUAAAUCCAAUGCUCCCUAGCACUGUUCCUGCACUGGUGAAUCACUUAUACUCAAGUGCUUUUUCCUUUGAUCUUUCUUCCCUGGUGGAGUUGCACUUUCCCGAACAUUUCUCCGCACCCAAUUCCCCCAGCCACUCCAGCUGAUUUCAAAAGCUUGCUCUGUACAAAAGUUAGUGUAGAUUAGCAAUCAUCUCGACAUGUCUUCUGUAUCUGAGCAUGUACAGGUAUCUGAGUAAACUACUAUCUUUAAUGAUAUAUUAUAACUUUAUAUUUUAUAUUUCAAAAUACUCAUACCAACUCAUGUUUUUUCCUUCGAGCAUUGAUUAAUGCAUAGCCCCAUUGAGCUUUAUUAAAAUUCAUUUCUGGAUGCUAUUAAGAUGACAGAAUAUUUUCGUAAGAGUUAAAUCAAAUGUGAAAUGCAAAUUUUAAAAUAAAAUGGCAGCAAAGAAUAUUUCUGCAUCCAAAUUUCUAUGAAGUAACAAGCCAGCACUGAGCAGCUCUGUCAAUGUACAGAGCUGAUAUUGCCACUGACGUUAUAACCUUGAAAGAAUCUCAUUACUAUAAGUAAUGAGUUCAAAUCUUCAUUUUGUGUUUUUUUUUUGCGACUCAGUGUGUUCUUGAGAUCUUUCUUGAAAUCAAUUACUGACAAGAAUUGAGAAUAUCCUGCUGCAUUUUAUUUUGGCUCAGUAAGUAGCAUUCAAACUCAACCAUUUUCAUUCUCACCACUCCUUACAAAAGGGAUAAAGGCAAACCAUAAAAAAUUAUUUCAUUGCCAAUUACCAAAAUAAAUACAACUCUUGAUAAAUUAGAGGAAAUAUCUACAAAGAAUUAUAUACUACUCUCGUAAAUAUAUGGCCACAUAAAUAAUAAUGUAUUAAAUUUCAGUUGAACAAUAUAAAUGAGAAGAACAAUAAUUUUGCUGAAACUCAGUUGGGAAAUAGUUAAAUAUGUGUUCAGCAGUAAGGCUAAUCUUUUAUUUGAGAAUAACAGUAUUAUAGGCAGUGGCAAAUACCAUUUGUACACAUUUGUGCCUCCAAUUAUGUUUCUGUAUACAGCUGUUUUAAGUUGGUCUUUUCCCAGAAUAGGAUACUGGGCACUUCGGAGAAUACCCUGUGAUUUUACAUUCUCCAAAUCGCUAAUGGGUCUUGACCUUUUGAAAAAAGGUUGUGCAUAAAUUAAACAAAUUAUUGUAACAUAUUACUUGUACAUAUUUAUUUUCUGUUAUGAAGUGCAAUACUGAAUAAUGUACAUUGUGUGUUAUAAAGAAUAUUUUUGUUGGGACUUAUUUUUUACUACUAUAGCUUUUCUUCCAGGCUGCUUUUCUCUUCCUAUUUAAAAGAAAAAUGCUCAUAACCACAUUAAGCACUUAACAAAACCUGUAUUUUUCAGACAUACAAAUGCAUAUUAUUUGGUAGUGAAAUUAUCCCUAGGUCAGGAUUUAAGAAUCAUUACCUCAAACUGUACUAAAUGCUAAGGGUAUCUGAAUUGCUACCUACUAACUCCAUGGAGCCAUUAACCCUUAAAAAUCAGGCACAUGAAAAUUUAGCAACUUAGUCCUUGUUGCACAUGUUCCUUACUAGUUUGUCUAGUAAAAUUCUGUGGUGCUGAGGAGUUCAAACUUUAGUGAGGCAAAAGUCCUGAAUCAGAGCACCAGCAUCUGUUGGUCUCAUUUAAUUAUGUAGACUUUCACUCCCUUCUCUCAUUUGAGUCUCUAGCACCUUUGACUUACAAAGAUUAUCCUUUUGCUUCAAUGUUUCCAUGGCUACACUCCCCUUUUGCCUUUACUUCACUCCAUUAUAAUUCCUCUGGUCUUUUCAUCAGCUUACUUGAAGAGCCUCCCAAUACCACCCUAACUUUCCUUUGUCCCACCAUUAACAGCUGAAGGUGUUUCCUCACAAAAUGUAUACACUUAGUUUGUGUGCAUAAUAGUGGCAGCAGCAUGGUAGAAAUUGUUUUUGUUGUGGAUUGAUCAGAAUAAUGUUACUAGCCAAGGCUUUGACCACCAUAGUUAUGUGUUACAUUUUCUUAAUAACAAAAAUAUGGUACCAGCUCUAAGGCUUGGGGGGAAGAGGAAGAGCUUCAUAGGCAUAAUUGGGGCAUGGGCCUGGGUCCAGUGAAUUCUCCACGUGGCCAUGUAUUGGAUUAGCUGUAGGAUAUCAGUUGAAGUGCCUAGAGGGAAGCAGAAGAGGAGAGGAGAGAUGCGUGAGGUGCUUAAUGCAGCAUUUGGGAAAAAUGUCAUCAUUUGGUGGAGAGGAGUGUGGGUGGCGAUUUAGUCUGUAACUGGACCAUUAACAAGGUGGACUAGUUGAAAGUCAGGGUGGGGGCGUAGUUGGCUGUUGAGGAAAGGGGAAGAUUGACAGGUGGUCGAGCUGGAGGUCGUGCUUGGGAAUAAAAGUGAAUGAGGUUUUGGUAGCUACAAAGACUGGUUGGCACAGGAGUUACAAAUCAUGGUCUCACCUAGAGCAACGUGGAUUAAUUUCUUCUGCACUACUUGAGGGAAGUUACAUAAUUGGGUGUGGCCAUCAAUUUAGGCUGCUGGGAACUGCCAAGCUAAUUUUCUGGAAUGUCAUAGAAAACUCAUUUUAGCCCUUUUUCCUUGUAUGGUGCCAACAUAAGUAACACUGUGUGGCCUUAUUUCUAAUGCAUUAUCUUUUUCAGGUCCUUGGCCCAUUCCUCAUUACCAUUUAGUAUGUUGUGUCCCUCAUGUUUGCAGUAUACCUCUGUGAAAUCUUAGUCAUCUUUAUAAGAAGAUCUCUCAUCUAAUGCUACAUUUAGGUGAAUAUUAUCCAAAAUCGAACUUCAGCUAAACUAUUGUUGGAAAGUCUAAGAUGUCAAUCUCCUUUAUGGCAGAUUCCUUUCUUUAUAUCUUAACAUUUCUUCUCACCUCCAUGUCCCUCCCUUCUGAUGUAAUCCUAUUCCCCUUUGUAGUUUCAUAAAAGAAUCAAUCCCCCAUCCCCUCUCAACUUCAACCCACCUUCAUAGUUUUUCCCCACUGUGAUCAAACACUCCCCCUCACCCCCCGAAUCUACUUUCUAGCUUAUUUCUUCUACUCUCCAGUGAAAGGUUGUGGGGAAAGGUCUUUGUGUGCAAUUGUCAGUGUGUCACAACAUGGAAGCUCACCUUUCAGCUGAGUGAGUUCAUGCUGACUAUUAAGUACCCACUUACACUAAUCCUACUUUAUUCACCCCGUAUCCUCUUCCACUUCCUCCAUGUCUCUGACAUGUGGGAGGAGAGUGGAGGAUCGAGAGCAGCCGCAGGGGGAAUGUACUGUAUAAAAUCAGAUAGCACUGGAGUUAGCUAUUGAACCUAGGUUAUGACAGAUGUGCGGCAGCUCUACGAGCUGUGCCACACUGCCUCCGUACGUUGUGGGGAAGGUGUGUUUUACUGUGCCUCUUACACAGCACAACCUCAGAACCUCGUUCAAAAUGGUAGACUAUCACCCACCAGCCAACUUCCAGCCCAAUAGACAGUUAUUUACUCUACAGAAAGUGCAAUGCUCUGAGGAGCCUCGCAAGUGUUUGGACCCCUCUGAUGUUACAUUCAGCAAGUUUGAGUUAUGCCUAAAGUUUCCCAAAUGGUUUUAUAGCCUGUUGCAUUUGAAGCUAUGAGUGCAAAGACAUUGAAUAUUCAUAUAUUUUGUAAAACAUUUUCAGGCUUUCAAAACAGCAGCUCAUACCUGUAUUGAGGAUAUAUAGUCAUGGAAAUAGUAUUUGUGCUUUGUAUGUAAUCCAGUUUGUUUUGUGUGUGUGUUUUCUCAACUACGGUUUAAUAAAAGUGAUCUG